GCCACCCAGCGUCAGCCAAUGGGAGCGCGGAGAAACCGGUCCCUGCCAUGACAACGCUUCCAUCACUUCCGGCCUGAGAGCGACGGCCGGCGCGAGUCAGUAACCGCAGUAUACACAGACCCAGAAAAAAUAACAAUCAGCGCUCUGUUUUGCCUCGUCAGGCUGUUUCUUUAAUAGAUUUUACCAUUUAAAAAGGAUGUUGUGAGUCUAACUGAAUCAGUGGCGUCAUCUUGGAAGAAUAAGGGAAAGCUCAUCCUUAUUCCCAAGAGGCUUUGCACACCAUCAGAGCAGGAAGCAAGAGUGGAAAUAGAAAUGGAACAGGAAGUUGGCCUCUUAGCCAGCAGGUUUGACAAAAGGCAGUAGUACGGCCUAAAAGUCCCAUCUCUACCUUAAAACACUUCAAGAACGCAGGAGAACUCAGUAAGAGCUUCAGACGAAGAGGAAUACUAUCACAUACUUGGAGGAACGUAAAGAACAGCACAAAGAUGAAGUUGAAGGAGGAUAUGUCUCCUCUCCUGCUGCAGCUCUUUCGAUCGGUGGUCUGGGUUUAUUCCGUCAUCACGUUCCUGCCCUGGUACCUGCUCACCGGAGCCAGUGAGAGGCAGGCCCGUGCUAAACGGGUCAAAGCACGCUCGAUAAGCGGGAAUCCGGCAGGUUCGUACCGGGCUGUGAACAGCCAGCAGAAGUUGGUGUCCCUGCUGCAUGAGGGUGUGGAUACUUUGGAUAAAGUAUUUGAAUACGCUGUAGUACACUUCCCUCAAAGAGAUUGCCUCGGCACUAGAGAGGUGCUGAGCGAGGAGGAUGAGAUGCAGCCUAACGGCAAGGUCUUUAAAAAGGUGAUUCUGGGCGAUUAUAACUGGCUGUCGUAUGAAGACACUUUCCAUCUGUGUCAGAGGUUUGGUAGCGGGUUGGCUGCACUGGGCCAGAAGCCUCUUUGUAACAUCGCCAUUUUCUGCGAGACUCGUGCAGAAUGGAUCAUAGCGGCGCAGGCUUGCUUCAUGUACAACUUCCCCUUGGUGACUCUAUACUCUACACUGGGAGGAGCAGCUAUAGCUCAUGGUCUAAAUGAGACUGAGGUUACACACAUCAUCACCAGCAAAGACCUGCUGCAGAGCCGCCUCAAGGCAAUUCUGAUGGAUGUGCCCAGACUGAAGCACAUUAUAGUGGUUGAUAAGAAGCCAAAGAGUUUGCCUGAUCUCCCCAGAGGCAUCCUGGUACACAACAUGGCUGCUGUGCAAGAACUGGGAGCCAAACCUGAAAAUAUAAUGGUGUCCCGCAGACAGCCUGUCCCGACUGACAUCGCAGUGAUCAUGUACACCAGCGGCUCUACAGGCAUUCCUAAAGGAGUCAUGAUCUCCCAUAGCAACAUCAUCGCUGGCAUCGCCGGCAUGGCUGAACGCAUUCCUAACCUGAACGAGAAUGACACCUACAUUGGGUACCUGCCUCUUGCUCAUGUCCUGGAGCUCAGCGCUGAGCUGGUGUGUGUGUCACAUGGCUGCCGGAUUGGAUAUUCGUCACCUCAGACUCUUGCUGACCAGUCAUCUAAAAUUAAAAAGGGCAGCAAAGGAGACACCAGUAUGCUCAGACCAACACUGAUGGCAGCCGUACCUGAGAUUAUGGACCGUAUCUAUAAGAAUGUGAUGACUAAAGUUGAAGAGAUGAGCAGCGUGCAGAAAACUCUCUUUGUUCUGGCAUACAACUACAAGAUGGAGCAGAUUUCCAAAGGAUACAACACGCCGCUCUGUGACAGGCUUGUGUUCAGGAAGGUUCGCUCGUUGCUGGGUGGUAACAUGCGUGUACUGUUGUCUGGCGGAGCUCCUUUAUCUGCAGCUACUCAGCGUUUUAUGAAUAUCUGCUUCUGCUGUCCUGUGGGACAGGGCUACGGCCUCACGGAGACCUGUGGAGCCGGGACCAUCAGCGAUUUGGCCGAUUACAGCACUGGACGUGUUGGAGCUCCUCUGGUGUGUUCAGAGUUCAUGCUGAAGGACUGGGAGGAAGGUGGCUAUUUCAGCAAAGAUAAACCAAACCCACGAGGAGAGAUUCUGAUUGGUGGUCCCAACGUCACCAUGGGUUACUAUAAAAAUGAGCAGAAGAACCGAGAGGAUUUCUUUGUGGAUGUGAACGGCCAGCGCUGGUUCUGCACUGGAGACAUCGGAGAAUUUCACCCUGAUGGCUGCCUCAAGAUUAUCGAUCGUAAGAAGGACCUGGUGAAGUUGCGAGCUGGUGAAUAUGUGUCUUUGGGCAAAGUGGAGGCUGUGCUCAAAAACUGCUCGCUCAUUGACAACAUCUGUGCUUAUGCCAACAGUGAGGAGUCUUAUGUGAUUGGGUUUGUGGUGCCCAAUCAGAAACAGUUAACUGCCCUUGCUGAGCAGAAGCGCAUCAGAGGAUCAUGGGAAGAGAUCUGCAACCAUGCAGAGAUGGAGAAAGAGGUUUUAGGUAUCAUCACAGACGCAGCUAUAACAGGUAAACUGGAGCGCUUUGAGAUCCCAAAGAAAAUCCGUCUAAGUGCCGAACCCUGGACGCCCGAGACAGGCCUGGUUACUGACGCCUUCAAACUCAAACGCAAGGAACUAAAAACACACUAUCAGGACGAUAUCGAGAGGAUGUACGGCGGCAAGUGAAUGAAGCCAGGCGGUGUUGUGUGGUGGUGGUGGUGGGGGAGGGAGGGAGGGGGGUUUAGGACACACCAUAUACCACAAUGCCUAUAUAUGAAAAAAACGCCCCACAAUCCUCUGCCUUCCUGCUCCUGCCCUGUGAUGCUUUGCAAUCCAAACAGGGACUUUUCAGUCAGUUAUGGAUUGAUGAGAGGGAACGGAGCGACCUGCUAUGGUAGGCACUAAAUAACGCACUUUUUUUCUCAUACGAUUCACAAGAGUGAGUACUAAAAGACAGACAACACAACCUACAGACUGUGAGACUUUUGGACCCCACCCACUUGCUUCUCUCUGAUUGGCUCUCUUGGAUAGACACGCCCCCUCACCCCACCCCCACAUUGUUCAGCAGGCAGAUGCGCUUGAUCUGAUCUGAAAUCUCAUCAAGAGUCUAUGCAGGGAAACGUUUUGUAAUUUGGCUGUGUUUUUUGUUGCUUUUUUUGUUAACUUUGUUCUUUUUUUUCAAAGACUUGUUUUGGUCUGAAACAGCUUCAAGAUUUGGAUCUGUAUUGAUAGCUUCUCUUAACUGUAUCUGUUACAAUGUUACUUUUUCUGGAACUUUGGCGUUUGUAAUUGACAUUUUGUUACUUUGAACUUCUGUUGUUUACCUGUAUCCAAAGGCUGUUACUGUUGCCCUGAGUGAAAUGAACAAUGUAUUGUAGGUACUAGUGCACACUGAGGACCAUGUACCUAGAAAGAAACCUAACAAUCCAGACCAAGAGAGACCAGUAUUACACCAGAUAUCUGUUCUGGUGUAACAAAAGCUGUUAUGGAUGGCAGUCUUAAGUCAGAGACGUGCUCUAAUACUACAGAAAGCUUAUACUGAUGUUGCAGAAAGGUUUUUUUUUUUUUUUUUUUUUUUGUCAGGGUGACUUUAACAAUAAUCCAGACAUGCUCCAAAUUGUGCAUUUCUAUGUCAGUGAGUUGGCGUCAGGUAUGCAUCUGAAAGAUUCACUCCUCGUUCCUCUCUGCUCUCCCACAUUCCUUUACUCACAGCUACAGGGUUUGCCGAAGAAUCAUAUGGGAUGUAUUGCUCCAUACUUACAGCAUAUAUUUCUUUGAACUCUGUUUUUGUCUGAAUUUGUAAAGUCUUUAAACAUAUUCCUUUGUGUUGCGUGGAUGUUUUGCAAGGGAGAAAGUGUUGCCGUUGAGUAGUUUGGGUACCUAUUUGUUUCUUUUUAAUUAUAUUGUGAUAUUGUCAUUGUAUGAAAUUAUUAGUGACUUUAACAAAGAGGAAGAUUAUGAAUUUGAAUGUGCAAUAGUAUUCUGAGAUCCAACAAAUGAAAUGCACAGUCCAGUUUCAAGAGCAUGAAUGUCUUCAGCCUCUUCAAUGUAACGGAAGAGACACAUUUAUUCUGCUUCCGACUGUUCAGAUCACUUCCAUCAUUCGACAACUGAUGCAUUAUGAUUCGAAUUUGACUUUGCAUGAUUCAGGAGAUGUAAACCAAACAAAUAAGCUUCGGAUAAGAACAUGUUGUAUCGCUGACAUUGAUAAAUGCGGCAUUUGCAAAAACGGGGCAAAGGUUUCUAAAUCCAUAUCUUUUUUUUUUCAUUAUUUAUAUGAAAAAAUGUAGGGUUUUUAGCACAACAUUUUCUAGAUGAAAAGGUCAGAAGAUUUGUUUUAUGUUUUCUCGAUUGCUUUAGAUUAAUCUUUGGUUCUAGAAACACUCCAGCUUUGCCGUCACAACGUGAUGCUCUUUGCUGAAAGUACUUUGUUUGUGUUUGUUUGUUAUAGUUUUUGUUUGUCCUAAAAGGAACUGAAGGCAAAUGGUGUUCCUAAACUAGACAAGUCUGCCUUUCUUGUGCUCAAUGGAGGAUAUCGAUUGCCUUUUUUACACAUUGGAAAUUAAAAGUGGUUUAUAGGAUAUUUUACUUCUGAUCAUUUAUUUCUGUCUUCGAAUUCAGGGAGUGACACAUCCCCUCUCAGAGCUGCUGUACCGCUCACCUUGAUUGUGCUUCAUUUACAUCAUGCGAUGUCAUUUGUUCCAGCUUCAAGCAUCUGGCCAAUCAGCUGAUAGUCUAGAGAGAGCUCCACCUUCUUUUCGAUUUUCUGAGCCUAACUGUAAUCUGAUCGAUGUAUUCACCUGUCAGUCAUGUCUUUGGCAACAGUUAACCGAAUUUAAUCACAAGGUUCGGCCUGUAGAACGCUUAUGCCGUCAACAAGUCUGUGUUUAACCGUAUCCUUCUUUACGUUCUUGAUGUCCUUGAUGUUUAAUGGCUACAACACAAGCCUACUGAGCUUUCUAGACACACAAAGAGGAUGUUUGGUGGAUGAAUUCUCUCUCCUUCUGUCACCCGCUCUGUAAAUAUGACUUUUAUGUCAGAAAUUCAUAAAGGUAGUUGCAUUUAGUAGAUGUACAAAUGUAAUAUCUCCAUUAAAUAUGUUUAAUCUUUCUUACUGACCAGGUUUGGGGUAUUGUCUCCUAUUGUGUGAGUGGUUACUGUCUUACGAAAAGCCGGUAAAAGCAAACAACUCCUUUAUUUAUUUGUAAUCUGGUUUUGAAACCAUGUUAUGAGGAAUAAAGUUUUGUGAAUUACAA